AUGCCGGAGUCGAUAGGACGCGUGAAGGCAUGCACCGAGUGCAGACAGCAGAAGGUCUUUGCGUCUCAUACUGGCAUCAUCGCAAGCUUCGCCACUGACUCUGCAUCGCACAGCAAGGCACAGCUUCAAUAUGAGCUCGACCGGCUCAAAGCACAAGCCGAACCAGGCUCAGAUAAUCCUGUGGAUCACCGAGCGACAGAAAGUCCGCAUACCAGCACGACCCCGGACAUGAACCGUCGAUCGAGCGAUCAUGUACAGCACCAAAGAUCGCAUUCUCUACAACCGAGUUCAUCACAUCCCGAAGGAAAUGCAUCAUUGCAAGAACUCCUCCGACGGAGCUCUUCAGAGCAGCAAGUGCCACCGCGAAAAUCACCAACCCAGGCAACAAACGGAGCAGAAGGUACAGUAGCGCGGACCCUGAACGAUAUCACCCUGGACCCCGGCAAAGUGAAUGACUGCUAUGCAUUGUUUCUCAGUCAUUAUGCAGCGUAUACACAUGGCCUUAUCGAAAUGGUCAUCAGCCCUAACCAACGGUACCAACAAUCACCUCUACUUUUCUGGGUCAUGGUAUGCGUUGGUUCCCGUGGAUACACAAAAGAUCCUACACUCUAUGGGCGUCUAGGCGAACCAGUACUGGAUCUGAUGUUUAAGUCAUUGAUACGACCAGCACAUGCGUUGCCAGUUAUCCAAGCAGCCGUCAUCCUCUGCGGAUGGCCGCUUCCUGUCGAUCUGAUAUACCGGGAACCCUCAGAGGCGUUGGCUGGAGCCGCGAUGAGCCUUGCCAUGCAGAAUGGCCUGCACAUGUACAGCCGCGAGCAAGACUUUGUGGUGAGGUCGUUGAAGACCAAGCCAGCAUACUAUGACUUAUCUGGCGUGAAAACAAUUCGCGACGAAGUCGUCAGCUUUCGUACGCGGAUCUGGGCGUUCUGCAACAUCACAUUCCAAGAUGUGUACAUGUGCGAUGGCUUGCCGCCGCUCUCAAUCGUCCCGUGCUUCCGACGCUCUGAAAGCUAUGGCGACAUCAACGAGCUCUUGCCAGAGAGAUUAGGCUACAGAGUACAGCUGCAUCGCCUGCAGACAGAUGCUACGAACCUGAUAGCUGGCUCAUGUGACGUCCAUGGCAAGAAGUCCGACCAGACACUUAACGCGCUGAUAACUUCCUACGAUGACAGCAUCCGACAAGUGCCUCUGCCGCAAGACACGCCCUCAUAUCGCUUUAUGCGUAGCUGCACCCGUGUCUCCGUCAUGGGUCUAAUCUACGUCGCUCAGCAAGAACCAGACCACAUCCAUGCCCUACGACUUUACAGAGUUUCUCGAGAGGCGGUCGGACUCGCGCUCGACCUGGAGCGAGAUAAUCCCGGUUGCACCUUCUACCUGCCACACUACUAUAUCCGCAUGGUGAUGGCGGCUACGCACAUCAUACUGCGAAUGUGCAAAUCGCCCCUAGGUGCCAAGCUGGACGUAGAUGAUGCCGAAGCCGUGAUAUUUGCCAUGGUUGACAUUUUCCGAAAGCGAGCGUACUCGUCCACUGACCUCUUCGCAUACCAUUGCGUAAUGCUACCUGAGCUGUGGGCUAGUAAGAAAGUCUUCGUUCGAGAAGGCAAGAUUCAGAAUGGGCUGAAGGUGAACAUGCGCUAUCGCCUUGUCUUGAAUCCCGUAUUUGACAACUUCUGGUGGUGGCGAAAGGAGUACGGAAGACCGUUGGAGGAAGCCCACAACACCUGUGCAGAGACCAGUGGCUUUCAAGACCCAUCCACAUCGGGUGCCGAUGGCGGCGGCGGCGGUGUAUGCAGUGGCGUCAGCGAUGGCGAACACGAACCGAACUUUACGACCAUGCUACCACCGCAGCCAGACAUGGCCAACAUGGACAUGCCAAUGCCCACGGGCGAUGGCUCCUGGCAGAACUCCUUGGACAACGUGUUCGCGGACUUCAUGCAGUGGUGGGAUUUCACUGCGCCGUCUGACGACUACUCACCCGGGGAUGGAUCCUCUCUUCACGAUGCCCAGAUGACGCAGCCAUACGACACACAGAUGGCACAGCCUUACAACGAGAUGCCGCACACACUCAUGUCCGGCUCCGAACGGCUCAUGUAA